AUGUUCACCAACAACUCUGCCGGGGACUCUGGGGGUGCCGUGUACUGUGGGUCGGGUCUCAACAGCACAUUCUCGGUAUACGAGGACAACCACGCCUACAACAAGGGCGGGGCUAUGUACAUUGAACACGACUCAAUUUUCAUUGGAGACACGUAUACACACAACGAGGCGGACAGUGGAGGUGCUUUGUACUCAGAAGCGGAUAUUGAUAUACGUAAUAGCACACUUGUGUCGAACAAGGCGGUAGAUAUCGGCGGUGCCGUGCGUGCGUAUCAGGUGAAAAUGUCCGAAUCUCAAGUCACCUGCAACCGCGCGGGUAGAGGUGCAGGUGUGGCUCUGCAAGGGUUCGUGCUGAAUCUGGACAACACUUCCAGUAUCGCCAACAACGAAGGCACUUGUGGACGGGUCUACUUCCAGUCUGGUAUGCAAUGUAAAGCCGAGGACAUCAACAACUUCUGUUCAUGUGACUGGCAGGCGGAAGUUGUGUCCGAGUUGUGUGGAGAGGGCGCACAGUGUGACAGUAAUCGCACAUAUGCGUCGGUAUGGGACCAGCCGUGUGCGUGUUCUAAAGGCACCUACUUCCGACCAGGGGAAGGCUGUCCUACCUGCAGUACUUGUGGGAAGUUCAAUAGCUCGGAGGACUGUUCCAACUCCCACGAUACAUUGUGCACCUGUCCCGUAGGUAAAACUGGACCGGAGUGCAGUGACGAUUGCAUCCUGCCCGAGAACUGCGAGAGCGGGGACACCACUACGUGCGAAUUUGAUGCCGUUGACUUCAGUUUUGGAUCUCAGUGCAAGAAAUGUCUAGAGGGGUACUAUUUGACAGAAGAAGGCCGUUGCGCACUGUGUACGCAGUGUGGUACCGGUGCCCUCGGUGACAUCUCAAUUCUGGUAGAAGAGUGUACCGCCAAUGCUGACACGGACCACAUUCGAAAUGAUUUAGUAGACAUCAUACCACGCCUCCAAGUUCCACCCAACACAAGAAUUAUACAUUCCAAGUACGUUCUUGUUCGCAAGUAUGAUGAGAAUGGUAAACUUACCAUUUACAAAGCUAGAAUGGUUGCCAGGAGUGACCAACAACAACAUGGUGUCUCCGAUAGUGAAACUUACGCUCCAGCAGCUUCGUCUGUUGCAAUUCGUACCUUCAUCGCCACUGCUGCCUAUGAGAACAAAGAAGUCGAUCAUUUCGAUGUUGCCACUGCUUAUCUUUACACUAAAUUGGAUACUUCGGUUUAUAUGUAUCCUCCGAAAGAGGCUGUGAAAUUAGACUAUAGUCCGCCAGAUACGGUACUUACACUCAAGAGAGGAUUAUAUGGUUUACAACAGUCAGGUCGACUAAGGAACUUUGAUAUCGGCGGUAAACUACAAUCGAUAGGUUUCACCCGCACCGAAGCCGCUGAAUCGAUUUGGGUCCACUCUCAUAAGGACAUCGCGAUUGUGCUAUAUGUUGACAUAAUAAAAGUCAUACGUAACACACAAGAUGCCCUCUGGUUAUUCUAUCAAUUAGAAAAACACUACAAAAUCAAGAAUCUCGGACUCCCACGUCACCUCGUAGGACUUAAAAUCCAACAGCACUCUGAUGGUAGCAUCGAAAUUGGCCAAGAAGCAUACGUUCAAAAUCUACUCGAUACCUUCCAUCUAGCGGACUCCCCGACGAAAGCAACUCCCGGAACACAUCUCCACCCCAGUACAGUGACAGGCGAACCCUGUCGUGAAAAGUACAAAUCGCUAUUAAGGGCACUAGGGUUUGCUGCUAUUACAUCCUGCCCGGACAUUGCUUGGCGGCCUCGGCAGAUACAGACUGAUGAGGGCGUGGAGUUUGUUAAUAACUCACAAGACAUUACAUCCUAA